AUGAAACAGAUAACUGAUCGAUCAACUAGUCGAUGGUUAUUGUAUGGUGUAAACAGUCAACCAAUCAGAAUAUUGAUCAAUUACAGUACAGUAUCUUUCUUGCUAAUUCAAAAUCAAGAACGAAUAAGCUCAAAUAUUGAUUUCUCUUCAUUUCUUCGUGCAUACAAUCGAACAACGAGUUUACUCGAGAUACACAAAUGUAAAUAG